GAGGGACCCCUAUAUGGAAAACAUGGGAAAGGGGUUUCUCUAUAUUUUAGAGAGACCCCAAAGGGGAUUCUCUAUAUAUUAGAGAGACUCCCAAGGGAAAUAUUUUGUAUUGCUUUCUUUAGCAUUCACGAUUUUCUUUAAUGUUUUUUUCGGAGUUUCCAAGCUCAAGUUGAGCAUCUACUACAUAUGCUAGUAGUAGGUGUAUUAGGGUGUUUUAUCCUGGAGAUAUCCGUCCUGUGAGGGCUAUAGCAUCACUCUUGAGUGUAGCCGGGCGCUAAUGUCUUAAGGACAGCGUGUUGAACACGCGACUCACUAUGGUUUCCAAAAUUUUUCCUUGUUGUUGUUGCGGAGAUAUGGGGAGCUUGUUCAUUUCGUCAAAGCAAUCACUUCCACUAUAAAGGAGCUAAGUAUCAAUAACUUUUUGCUUAUUUGAUUUUUCUUUGUUUUUGAUUAUUGCACACAACAUUAGAGCUGUAGUUUUGUACACCAUGUAACCGUGUAUAUCUUAUCUUGUACUAUCUUUAUCCAGAAACCAACAAACAAGAGAAAUCAUUCUUAUACGUUAUACACUGGCCAGGAGCUGUUUAUAAUCUUGUGAAAUUUAAAACCAUUUACACUUGGAUGAGAAAUUCUAAAACCAAUGAUUAGUGAAUGUUAUGAAUUUGUAUUUAUUUUUUUAUUUUUUGAUCGUUAAAGAAUUUAAUACUAGCAAAUUUUAAAGUCAGGUCCCUGAUGUUACCACCCAAUAUUGUGACAGAGUACAUAUGUUAUUGGCGUCUCAUUAAAUUCGACCACGCUUUGUUUUUUUUGCCGCCAUAGGUGUGUCCUGGCUAGCAGUUUUUGUUUUCUUAAUGUGGUAAAAAGUUAAAGACGGCUAAAUUGAAGUGGCCCAUAGGUGGCCGGACUGAAGAUUAAAGUUUCACUUCCUGAUAAACAAAAUGAUAGUGUAUUGGUUAGCUACAAGUGAGUACUAUUAGCUAGUGUAUAGUGACUCACACUAGACUGACGUAUAUUAUUGUGAGAAAAAUGAGCAAAGCAUAUACUUGGAGUUGGAACGAGACGACUACAAAUCAGAAAGUUUCACUCAGAUAAUUUCAGAACAAAUUUAAACUAUGUGUACACUAGAGCCGAUUCAAAAUGUUGAGUGCAUAAUUAUCUUGUGGACUUCUAAGUAUAUGAAAUAUUCAAAGGAUUAUUGAUUGAUCAAGUUGUGUAACAUUCUUGGUUGGAGACUUUGAUCUUAAAUUUUCUCUUGUAUUCUUUUUUCUUUUUUCAUUUAUCAUUAUUUUAUUUUAUUUUCUAUUUAAGAAAUAUAAAUGAAGAAGAAGAAGCCCAUUCAGCUAAAACAAGACACCAAGUUUUUAUUGACUUCUAGCUAAAACAGAAUAAUUAGCUUAAUCAACUAAUUAACUAGUUUCUCUACCUAAUCAAUAAUUAGUUACUUGCAUACCUACGCAGUUUACUAAUGAUCACAAGUCUAAACCUACGACAAAAUUUCAGUACCCUUUAAAUUCAUCACUAUCAUCUAGCUCUAUUUAUUCUUCACUUUCAUACUUCAUCUGCAUGGAUCCCUAAUUAGACUCUAAACUCAUUUUCAUAUGUCUUGUGAUUAGUCACUAAUUAAUCACUAAAGAAAAGAGUUGUCACUGUUGCCGGAUGAUGGGGUGCAAGACUUGCGAAAAUCCCAAAAUGAAGCACAAAAAGGGGUUAUGGUCACCGGAGGAGGAUCAAAGACUACGAAAUUACGUCCUCCAACAUGGUCAUGGCUGUUGGAGUACCAUCCCCAUAAGAGCUGGUUUGCAACGCAACGGGAAAAGUUGUAGACUAAGAUGGGUUAAUUACUUGAGGACGGGAUUAAGACGAGGAACAUUUACAUCCGAAGAGGAGGAAACGUUUGUCGCACUUCAUCGGCUUUUAGGAAACAAGUGGUCACAAAUAGCUCAACAUUUGCCAGGAAGAACAGAUAAUGAGAUUAAGAAUUAUUGGAAUUCUUAUCUUAAGAAGAAAUUAAUGAAAGCCGGAGAAUUCAACAAAAAUCAAAGUGUAAAUUCAGAUUUUGAUGAAUUUAAGAGUACAUCUGCUAGUGCUGCUUCAACUGGGACAAGUUCUACCAGGAUUUCUAGUGCAGGUUCUUUCGAAUCCUCCGAACAAAUUGGAGGGACCGGAAACGACCAGUUAAGUUCGACGACAGCUUCAAACUCUAAACCUGUUCAAGAAUCAAACCAAAGUUUCCUUCCAAAAGUAUUUUUCGCGGAGUGGUUAUUUCUUGAUCAAGAUCAUAGCGAAAAUGGUUCGAAUUCAGGUAACUCAAAUUUGGCUCCAGAAGAAAUUUUGGAUGAUUCAAGUGUUUUUACUGGUGGUAUAAGUGAAGAGUUUUUACCACAGGAGGAAGUUUAUGGGAGUGAAUUUGAUAAUGGGUUAUUACAUAAUAGUGGUUCUCGCUAUGUCCAAUUCUGUCCGAAAGUGGAAGAACCGGAAAAUCUUGGAACCGAUUUUAUGAAUUAUGGAAAUAUUGCUGAAAUUCACAGAGAGUUCACUAUGUUGAGCAAUGAUAUGUUCUACUGAGGGUUAAAAUGAAGCUUUAGAAGUAAUUUUUAAUGUUGCAUGGCUGUGAAUAUCAUUUUUAGUUUGUUAAUUUGAAGUUCAUGUUUCUUAAACAAUUGUACUAUAUUUAUUUUACGUUAAAUCGAACUAUG